GUUAAAUUUCUCAAACAACCCACCCCGAAUCAUGUUUCAAUAUUAAACACACUUUUCCUGGAAAAAGACAGUCCCAACCACCCCUCUGUCCAAGACAAGCCCCCCUCCCCCAUGCCGGCCGACGAGUAUUCGACGCCCGGCGGAGGCGGUAAGCUCAAGCUGAAGGGCUCCAAGAUCGCCGAUGGCCGCGUAGAGAAGAAGAAAAAGAAGAAGAAGCAAAAGGAAAACGAGACCAAAAAGGCUUCUCCCGAAGCGGACGCAGAGCAGCAGCAGCAGCAGCAGCAGCACCCAAACGAAAAUGAAACCACCACCACCACCACGCCAAGAGAUACGUCUCGUGCCCCCGAUGAAGCUGAUCAUCCCGAGGAAUCAUCACCGGACGUUGGCCCGGCUGGCAAGACCGAGGCGGAGAGAAGGCAUGAGGAGAUGAGGAAGAGGAGGCUGCAAGAACGCCUGAAACGGGAAGGGGUCAAAACUCACAAGGAGCGCGUGGAGGAGCUCAACAAGUACCUCAGUCGAUUGAGUGAACACCACGAUAUGCCUAAAAUUGGACCCGGUUGAAUCGCUACAGUACUUCAAGGAUGGGAUUGGGUUAUGUUAUUUAUUUCGUUGUUUAUGUUUUUGUUCGUGUCUGACAACAGCAACACUGGUUGUACUACUUACAAACUUUUUCGU